CCAAACAGCCACCAUUGGCCACUUCACCCGGUUUUGUGAUCGUGUAGAGGUGAUGAGAAACGUCACGAAGCUUCGGGGAACUCAAAUCUACAUCAACGAAGAUUUGUGCCCAGCCUCUCAAGAGAUCAAGAAAUCUCAAAUUCCGAAGCUCGAGCAAACUAAGAGUGAAGACAAGGUAGCUUACUUCCGCCACACCAAGCUAAUCACAAAGGAUAAGACCAUCGGCAGCUCAGUAGGGGUGAGUGGUUCGAGAUCCAGCACCGACCCCAGUGGAGCAAUGGAGUGCGCCAUGGGUGGAGGCGCUGGGACCACUUUUGCUAAUGUUGCCGAGUCGAGGACAGCUGGUGAAUCUUCUCAUGGAGCUAGUGAUGGAUCUGCCGGCGUGGCUGACGUCCGGGACCGAGAUACAGUGGUGAGGACAGUCGAUACCCCAUGUGUGUCAGCUGAGGCAGUCCUUGUGGAUGGUGAUCGCCCUGUCAGGGAAUCCAGGCCGCGGGACUCGCCAUCGACACAACAGCAGGAUGCCCUCAACAAAAGAGCUUCACGCAGGCGGGUCCCAACGGAACAGAACAAAUAAUUUACUAUUGUAUUCCCCUCCACCUUGAGAGUUGUGUUGAACAGUGUAUAAACUGAAUGAGAUGAGGUUCCAAUCUCAGCCCAUCGUCUCCAACUGCCACCUGCAGAUCACCACCAGCCAGGGAAGAACCACAGACCAAGACAAUGAAGGCUUCUAUUGCGAUAUUCUGCCUAACCUCUCAGCACGCCGAGUGAUUGUAUCGCGGCCUGCACAGGACUCAGAGGAACCCGUCUACGAUGACAUACUACCAGAACACGGCGUGCGGCCUCGUUCACCUUUUUAUGAGAAUAUGCCUCUUCCUGGUGCUGCUGACACCCCUCACCGGCAAUUAGAGGCUCCAGGAGUCAGUGGGUCACACAUCUACGCCACGGUGCCGUAGGCAACAUGUAAUGCAUGCUGGUAAAUACAACCCAAAAGUCUAUUAGAGGCUCCAGGAGUCAGUGGGUCACACAUCUACGCCACGGUGCCGUAGGCAACAUGUAAUGCAUGCUGGUAAAUACAACCCAAAGUCUAUAAGGAAACCAAUUCCUAUGUUUUUGGAAGGGAGCAGCGUUGGACAGGCUUGUUCCUUUAAGCGUCUGGCAGUUAUGUUUUGUGCUUUACUUAGCUGGUUAAUUUUAUCAAAACUUAUUGUUAUGACCACCCAAACAAGUCUAUCUCCAACGAUACUUCCUCAUGCCACCCUUCAACCAGCAGUUAGGGGUGGUACGAUUCACCACUACCACCACCUUGCACAACCUUCACCUGACCAAUCAAGAGGAGUAUUGUGUAUAACCCCCCACACCAAACACUCUGCCUCUCCCCUGCUCCACCCAAGCCUUUAUAUCCUCGGCGCCAGGACAGGAGGUAGGACAGUUCCACCAUCGCUAGUGGUCUUCACUACCUUGCAUUCCACGGGCUCCCUCCUGGAUGGUCGUCAGCAUCUCGUACAUCUGAAGCUCCUGUGGUUUUGUAUUUUGCAUUGUCCUCCUCAGUAGGAUUAUAUAUUUAAGUGUUUUCUGUUUUGCUCACCUAUUAUUGCUUACCUAGUAUUGGAUGGUGGAGAAAUUAUUGCUUACCUAGUAUUGGAUGGUGGAGAAAUAAGAAAAGUUUCUUGUAUCCCCACCUCUACUACUUGUUUGCUAGCCCUUUACUGCUCGUAACGCUUUAUAUGUGUCAAACUUGAAUACGGCUAUUGAAGGAGCUGAAACUUAUUUCGUCUGGUAGUAGCUUCCACUCCUGUAUCAUGAGCACUGUAAACCAGUUUCCCUUGAGAGUGGAUUUCCAGUGAUGAGGCACAGCCAGCUGGUCACGCUGUCAUGAGGCAGGGGUGGGGUUAUUUGAUUAAAGGUUGAAUGUUAUUAAUAUUAAGCUGGAGGGUAAUUUUGUUGUGUUUUGUUUGCUUAAUUUGUUUGUGUGUUUUUCAACUUUAGUUUGUUUGGUUGUUAAAAUUAAGGGCAGCUGCCACCAACCAUGGGUUUAUGUCUAAUAUAUAUUUUUUUGUGUGGUACGGUAGCAUUGUUCUUAUAAAUCAUCCGGGGAUUUAUAAGGCAAUGAAAAAUCCUAUAACAAAAAGAUUAAUUUUAUAUAAUUUUAUAUGAUGUAAGUAUCUAUAUAAAAAAGCAAAGGCUUCAUAUAAUUUUUCUCUGAAUAAACAGUUCUUUAUGUUGGA